AUCCAAGCGAAGCGCUGUGAUGUGCUAUUUGUUGCCCGCUGGAUGUGUCAUUUUCGUUGUAAUCUUGCGCAAUUCUGGGUCGUAGUUAUUUAUUUUAUGUGCCCAUUAUGAAGCUUUUCGCCAUUGUAUGAAGCGCAGUGCUGGUGCGCACAGCACAGCCGAUGCAAGGACUCUCCGUUUAGGACAGUGUGCGACUGACGUCGGUGGUUGUCGUAAUGUUACAGCUGGCAGCGAUCACCUGUGACCAGCCUGCGACCAACGAGCUGUGAUAUAAUGUUUUCCUCGCUUUUGAGGCGGAGUGUGUUCAACAACAUAACAAGAAUGAAGCUGGCGACUACCGCACUGCCGGAAUUGAAAGCACUGGCCGGCGCUAUCAUCGAACAACAGGAGACGACGCAGGGAGAGAACAAGCUCAAGUCAUUUUGCAGUGCUUACAGGCAGGGUACGAAAGUGCAGAAAGCUGAAUUUUUGCAGUUUCUUGCACGGGAAUUUUACAUUGACCGGCAACAAUUUGAGGCAUCUGCCAGAAGCUACCUCGAGGACACACAGAAUGAGCCAGCAUUCCGGUUCAGGAAUGAAGAGCGCCUGGGUGCCCUGCUUAUGCCGAAAUAUGUGUCGUUCUUUCACAUACUGGGAAGGAGUGAAGGUGGUGUCAAGUUUCUCGUUGACAUGAGGGGCGACUUGCUUGAUUUGAUGCUGUCAAUACAACCAGAAAACCCUUGCUUCUAUGAUGUUCGGCACAUGAAUACCAUUCUCAAGGACCUGUUGGCACUGUGGUUCACGGUGGGCUUCAUCAAACUGGAGCGCAUCACGUGGCAGUCAUCUUGUGAAAUGCUGCAAAAGAUCUCAGAGUACGAGGCCGUUCAUCCAAUACGAAACUGGACUGACCUGAAGCGACGUGUGGGCCCUUACCGCCGCUGCUAUGUCUUCACGCACAGCUGCAUGCCUGGCGAGCCCAUUGUAGUGCUGCACACUGCCCUUACUAGCUCCAUUUCGUCCUCCAUUCAGAGGAUCGUUGGCCACCGGCAUAGUCCCACAGAACCUGAGCCCCCUGAAGAUUGGGAGGAUGAAAAAAUCAUCAAGUGUGCUAUCUUCUACUCAAUUUCCUCAACUCAGAAAGGUCUACAAGGCAUCGAGCUUGGAAAGUAUCUCAUCCAAAGUGUAGUGAAGAAGGUCAAAGCCGAGUUCCCCAACGUGAAUGAAUUCUCAUCACUUUCUCCAAUUCCUGGCUUUAAGGAGUGGAUCAUGUCAGAAAUAGUGAAGAUCCUCAGAGGUAAUGCCGAGGCAAGCAAGCUGUUCAAUCGUCAGAAGCUAGAGGCAGCUGUGGAGCCGUACAGUGAAAACAGGCAUCCGUUGGAUGCGCUUCUGAUGCUGCUGCGCAACAACGGCUGGUUCCACAUUCCCGAACUGGUUGCCCAGCUUGAGGAGCCUCUGAUGCACCUCUGCGCAUUCUAUCUCUACCACGAGAAACGGCGCGGUUAUGCUCUCAACAGCGUUGCCAACUUUCACCUGAAAAAUGGCGCUGUGAUCUGGCGGCUAAACUGGCUGGGUGACGUUUCUCCCCGUGGGCUUUCAUCAUCUUGUUCCAUUAUGGUGAACUACAGGUACUACUUGGAGGACAUGGAAGACUACAGGCAUACUUAUGUGGAGAACGGAACCAUCACAACUUCAGACAUGUUCGCAGAACUGCUGAAGCCUCUUCAAUCCUUGUUGUAAAGUUGUUUGUCAUUUAA